UGAAUCAUGCAUCCACAUGUGUGUGCCCACAUCACAAAACCAUGCAGUCCGUGUGUCUAAAAACAAAACGUGACAAACAAUAUUCGUCAAGGUAGCGUUUUAUCUCCGUGUUUGUUCAAUGUUUACAUGGACGAUUUAUUGGGAGACCUCAGAGAUUCUGGUGUUGGUGCCAAGAUUGGCAAAUGUUUUUGGGUGUCUGGCUUACGCUGAUGAUUUCUUGCUUAUUUCUCCUACUGCGGCUGGUCUGCAAAAAAUGAUGGAUAUUUGUGUGCAAUAUGCCAAUGUUCACCAUUUAAAGAUUAAUGGCAAGAAGAGCUGUGUUAUUGGAUUCAUUAAAAGUGUUAUGUCAUCACGUAAUCUUCCAGAAUUUUCAUUGAAUGGAAUUACGUUGUCAUGUCAGGAAAAUAUCAAUCAUCUCGGUGUUGUUUUGGAUAUGCUGGGUCGUGAUCAAGUGGCAGUGGAUGCCAGGAAACGGAAGUUCUUUGGCGCUGUUAACUCUGCUGUUGCAAGAAUGGGAGGUAGUUGCUUGAGCGACAGCACUUGGAAGAAAAUAGUAGAUAUUCAACUAUUUCCUAUUUUAUCGUUUGGUAGCCAGCUGUGGAACUUGGACAAAACGUCAACUGCAAAGGCAGUUGACGCCAUAUUUAGGAAAGGUAUUCGACGGGGACUUGGUCUUCGAUGGAGAGACUCACUGUUUGAGCGCCUAGGUAAUUGGAUGGUCAAUGCGUCAGUGAAGAUUCGAACAGUACAAGCUUUAUUGUUGAAACAAUCACUAGACUCUAGAAAUGACCUAGUUAGAGGACUAUCGUGGAGAGUCUAUAGAGAUAAGUUGCCCUUUGUAGAUGUGCAUACUAAUAUUUUUGCCAUCUGGCUGAAGAAAUUACGUUCUCUGUUGUAUACUUAGCUGUCUGUUUGUUUUUGAGGUGUCUAUGUGUAUGUGUGUGUUUGUACAUAUAUUUCUCUCAUCUGUGAGAGGCUGUACCUGCUGGUAUGAAGUGAAAUAUAUUAUAUGCAAAACGUGCACA